AUGGACAAAAAAUACAGACUGAAAGUCACAGCAGGACCAACAUGGGACCCGUCAACCCACCAGGUUGUCCCAGUCAACGCAGAUGAGACCCUCCGCAUUGAAAACGAACACUGCGUCGUGGAUCUUUGUGUUCGAAUCCAAGACUAUGCCGGAUACCCCCAUGGCUCACCCAAGACCAACGCCUACUUCUCACACCCCGAGCAUGUUUCUGAUCAGUACUCGAUUGCGACCUCCGUGGUAUUCAAACAGCCGACAAACAGCGACGAGGUUGUCUUCGGAAACUACUUCGGUCAUCCGAUCCGCGACAAGCUCCCACCGGGAUUCACGAGUGCCCUGCGUCUUGUGAAAUGGAUGCUCGAUCCAGCUCUAGAUGGCGAUCCGUACGCCGACAAGCCGUACCUUUGUAGCCCAGCAGUGGCUACCUGGAACAAAUUCUGCAUCGGCGAUGUCGUGAAUAAGAUAGACAAGGCUCCCCCUUUGCAUAAUCUCGUCAUCGAAGAAGUAGAUGAGGGUUCCGGUGCGCAGGUCCGGAAGAAACAUGAUAUUCCUUCCGACGUGGAUGGGAGGCGAAAGCACUUUCAUAACGAGGAGAACCGGAAGAGCUUCAAUUUUGAGAAGGGGAGGGUCUAUUUCUCGGAUUUCGGGAACCCGUACCUAGGGUUUAGCGACUUUACACUUCGUUUGCCUGGUUUCCAUCUGCAUGUGACGAACUACAUUGACGAAAAAAACCACAAGUUGCGGUAUAUACUGAAGAACAGGGCGACGGAUGACAUUUACUUCGUGGUAGUGUUUGAGCUGGUCCACCGUUCCAAGGAGGACGAGGCGUUGAGUUUUGGCCAAGGUGAACAGGCCGAUAGAAUGAAGAAUGGUGGGAAAUCAAACAAUCUCGAAAGAGGAGCGGAGGCUUCGACGUCCGACAUUGAAUAA